CCGGGCAUCGCAUCGCAUAGCGUCGCGGCCGGCAGCGGCUCCCCGUGCGCCGCGGCCGUCCCGUCCCGUCCCGUCCCGUCCCGUCCCAUCGCUCGGCCCCACACUCAGCGGCAACAUGUGGCUCCUGGAGCGGCUGCGCGGUGUGGCGGAGAAUGGUGGGUCCCGGGGUGCGGGGCCGGAAGAGUCCCCUCGGGGGUCCCGCUACAGCAACGUCCUCACCCCUGACAAGAUCCCCGACUUCUUCAUCCCACCCAAGCUGAGUGCAGCGCCCGCCGAGGCCGAGGGCCCUGAGCCCCCCGCAGCGCCCGCCCUGGGCCCCUCAGCCUCAGAGCAGGACCUGGCCGGGCGCAAACCCCCACGCAGCCCACGGCCGUCCAGCCGGUCCCGGCCACGGGCUGCUGGCCGGCACAUCAUCCAGAUUGAGAGUGCCGAGGACUGGACAGCUGAGGGGGGCUUUGGCACCAACGUGGACCCGCAGGCACAGACGGCCAUGUCGCUGCCCUACGUGCCCAAGGCACAGACCUCCUAUGGCUUUGCCACGCUGGUGGAGAGUCCCCACACACGGCGCAAAGAGUCGCUUUUCCACAGUGAGCACAGCAGCCUCUGCCCCUCGCCGGCCACCUCACCCAGUGCCCAGCGCAGAGCCAAGCUCAAUGGCGAGAGUGGGCCCCGGGCGCCCGCUGACCUGGGCGCAGCCCUCAUGCACCCCGGCCGCUACUUCAGCGGUGGUGAAAGCGACACGUGCUCCUCAGCCGAGUCCUCGCCCUUCGGCUCCCCGCUGCUCUCCCGCUCUGUUUCCCUGCUGAAGAUCUUCAGCCAGGAAAGCCAGUCCAAGGUCAUCAAGCUGAAGCACUCAGUGGCCCGCAACAGCUCGCUGUCCACUGACGACAGCUCAGCUGACACCAGCCCCAGCGCCCAGCGCCGCGCCAGGAGCGCCCCGGCUGGGGGGCAGCCACCCGCUGCCCUGCUGCCCCUGGACCUGCCACCAGGCCGUGACCGGGAGCGCAGCCUGCGGCUCAGCCAGGGUGGGAGCCUGCGCCUGGCUGCUGACUACGACCCCUCCAACGCCCGGCUGCGCGUGCGGCUCGUCUCCGCCGAGGACCUCUACGAUGCCCUCGUCGACCUGCGCAGCAUCAACUGCUGCGUCUCCCUGUGCCUCAACCCCGGGAAGCUGCAGAAGCAGCGCAGCACCAUCGUCAAGAACAGCCGCAACCCCAUCUUCAACGAGGACUUCUUCUUUGAUGGGCUGGGCCCCGGCCACGCCAGGAAGAUGUCCCUGAAGCUCAAGGUGGUCAACAAGGGCAGCAGCCUUAAGCGGGACACGCUGCUGGGAGAGAAGGAGCUGCCGCUCACCGCCCUCCUGUCCUGCCUGUAGGCGCUUGCUGCCAGCCCCGGAGGGAGCUGCCUGCCUGUGGGGCCGGGGCGAGGGGGGGAGGCUGGCCUUGUCCCCCAGCCCUGCUGGAGGAGGGCUUGGAAGGGCCCUCGGAGGAGGGACGGGCCGUGGCAGAGCAUGGGGGUCCCCAGGGGCGGCACUGCUGUGGGGCUUUGCCAGCACCAGCCCUCCUGCAGUAGAGCAGGCAGGGCUGGCAGCUGCAGCCUCUCCCCUCUGCUCUCUCCCUGCUCCCUCUUGGGGCUGCAUCUCCCGGACCCCAGCGGGGAGGUACCGGCCCCAUCUCCACCGGGAAGGAUGGAUGUCAACUGCUGGGCUCUUCCCUCCCUGGUGCCUGUGGUCUCCAGCUGGCCAGCACGAAGUUUGGAGGUGGGUAGAUCUCUGUAGCAUACUUACUGCCACCUCUCUCAAAGCCCCAGCUCCUGGAGUCAGGUGGUACCAUCAAUCUCGGCUUUAAUUUAAAAGACAAGUUUCUAGUCUUGGAAACUGCAGAGAAAAUACUGCAGAGGUGACCCAAGAGUGGGCCAAGGGAGGUGACCCGGGGGGAUGAGUCAGGUUUGUGGUUUUUGAGCCUUUCCUGGACUUUUCCCAGCCCUGCGGGACUGCACAGAUGUGCAAGUCAGCUUGGUCUGACACCUGCAGCCUCCCAGGAUACCCUCCCUGCCCACCCCCAGCAGUGUCCCCCGCUGCUGACCCCCUGCAGGAAAUGGCUCAUGGAGCUUUAGGGGCUUUGGGUUUGCUCAAAUCCAGGCGGCUGCCUGUGCCUGUCCCCUGCCCAUGGGAGGGAGAUGCCAGGAGCUGCCACUGCCAUGGGGGGCCUGGGACCCCUCACCCUGGGCACAUGGGUGGUCCCGGGCAGUGUCCCAGCAGACGUCCUUGCUGACAAAAGCCAAGGCGACAGGAGUAGCCUCCCUGUGUGCUGGCGGUCUGGCUGGCACUGGGGACAUCCCCUGGUGUUGCUGGGCAGGAGGCAGGCUGAGGCUCCCCUACCCUCUGUCCUCCCUUGCCUGUGGGGGCUCGGGGGCUUGUGAGCAGCUGCACCCGCCGGGCCGGAGGGAUGUGUCCCAUGGGGCCAUGAAGACCCUGUGCCCGGCGGGACACAGCUCCCCAAAGGGACUGGACUGGCUCUGCAGUUUCCCUUUUGGGCGGAGUGGGGUGCUCCCACCGCUUCCCAUCCGUCCCUGCCAUCCCAGUCGACUGGCUGAAGGCACUGGGAGUGGGAGAAAUGCCAGCCAGGGCAUUUCUGCGGAUGGCUAAAACAGACACCUUGUUGUUGUUUGGUGUGGUGUUACCCAUUGCAUCGGGCUCUGCAUGUUUCUGUGGAAGGGAGCAGAAUUCGCAGUGCUCCUGUCCCUGCCUGUUGCAGCACGCGUGGACACACACGCACACAUGUGUCCCUCUGUAUUAACCUCUGUCGGUGGCAGUUGAUGUUCCUUCUUUGUCCUUUGCAGCAGAUGGCAGAUUUCAGUGUUGGCUGUUUAUAUCCGAGGCUGAUCUUUCCCAGCGUGUUUUACUUAUGUCUGUAAAUAUGUUUCAGGUACGCGAGGCAUGGUUCUGAUAGCACGGUGUUUGCAUGUCGGGGGGAUUUGGGGUGAUCGUGGCUGUUUGUCGAGCUUGUGGCUGAAAACAAACCGUGCAGGAUGUAAGGAGCAGACACAUCCCUCCUUCACGGGGGGUUUCCCACCUGCGGCUUCCCACCGCUCCCCCAGGAGCCAACAUGGGGGACACUCCUUGGCCCCUGAGUGCCCAGGCUCGCCCUGGGGGAAGAUGGGGGCUCUGGGGAGAGUGGGAUGGGGAGAUGGGCCAUGUCCCUGAGCAGUCCUGGGGCAGGAAGGGGACCCUGCCCAGCUGGCUGCUGCCCGACAGCCCUGUGCACCCCUCACCAGUGCCCUGCGGUCCCCAGGGGUCUGUGCCUGCAAGGGGCUGGUGGGACCCAGGCACUGCUGGGGGUGGGGGGCACCCAGCAGGCUGCAAGGGGAGGGAGAACAGGAGCUGGGCAAAGAUUUUGGUGCUCUAUGAGAGAGUUGGGGGGGGGUGACGCAUCCUCCAUGGCAGAGCUGUGCCCCUUUGGGUUCGGGGAAGGGGGAUGCUGAGAGCAGGGCCCUGGGCUGCUCCUUGGGUUGGGGCUGGCCCUGGGGGGACACCCAAGGGCCUGGGGGCUUGUGCUGCCCCCCCACCUGUCCCAGGGCUGCAUUGCUGGAGUCGAGCCCUGGGACGUGCUGCUGUGAGCCCUGCUCCCACGGUGGGUGGGCAGGCAGUGUGGGAGCCGGGACUGUGGCCUGGCUGGGUCUUUCCUCCCCUGUAGCUAUUUUCUACUGUUCCUGCUUUGAUAUUUCUGUGGCUGGAUUUAAUGAUGCAUUUUUGGAGUGAAAAAAUAUAUUAUUACCUGAAUGGAAUGUUUGUUUACAGAUGACUUCCCCUUUUUAGUGCAAUAAAGUCAUUUCUAAAACAGA